GUUCGGGCAAGACACUAUAGUAAGGCAGACAGCAAGACAGUCCAAAAGGCAGUAGUACUCUCGAAAGACCAAAAUAUACCUUGCCGGCGGCGAGAUAUCAGAGGCUUAAACCGAUGGCCGAUCACGCCGGCGAGCACGAUUCAGUUGUUGAAUCGGUGAUGGAUAAGAUCACUGAAAAGUUCCACGGCCACGAUUCGUCGUCGGAUUCGGAUGACGAGAAGCACAAGGAGUCUCCCGUUGAAGCCGUCAAGGCUAAGAUCUACCGUCUUUUCGGGCGUGAGAAGCCAGUGCACAAGGUCCUGGGCGGUGGAAAACCUGCUGAUAUUUUCCUCUGGAGGGACAAGAAGGUUUCUGCUGGUGUGCUUGGUUUUGCAACUGCUAUCUGGGUGUUUUUUGAAUUGCUGGAAUAUCACUUGCUUACACUAGUAUGCCAUGUAUUGAUUCUUGCUCUAGCAAUCUCUUUCUUGAUGUCAAAUGCAUCGACUUUCAUUAAAAAGUCUCCGCUUCAUAUCCCAGAAGUCUGCAUUCCUGAGGAUAUUGUCCUUGGUGUGGCUUCUGCACUUAGGAUUGAAAUCAAUACAGCUUUAGCUAACCUUCGAGACAUUGCAUGCGGGAAAGACUUGAAGAAGUUCCUUGGAAUUAUUGCUGGCUUGUGGUUGUUCUCAAUCUUGGGGAAUCUCUGCAACUUCCUUACAUUGUUUUACAUAAGCUUUGUGUUGCUUCACACUGUCCCCCUCCUGUAUGAGAAAUAUGAGGAUCAGGUCGAUGCUUUUGCUGAGAAGGCUGAGGCAGAGAUCAAGAAGCAAUAUGCAGUGUUCAAUGAGAAGGUUCUCAGUAAAAUUCCCAAAGGCCCCCUGAAAGACAAAAAGUUUGCUUAGUUACACACAAGUGACUUAGUCAGUUGGUUCAAAUUUGAUGUUUUCUUCUUCUAAAUGUUUUUUUCUUUUGUGAAAAUACUUUAGAGUCCAUGUACUGGAUUUGUUUUUGACUUAAUUAUCUGCAACAGUUUACAAUGCUAUGGCAUAUUAUGAGGUACUUGUGCUUUUUGUCUGCUAUAACUGUUGUUGGCAGUCUACUAAACAUGGUUAUAGUA